AUGAAGACCGAGGAGCUUUGCUACAUCUUUAUAUCAUCCUGGAGUAGGCAUUUCGCGAAUCGCCUUCUCGCCGGCUUAUCCAAUGCGGGGAUAAGCGUGUUUAGAGACGAAAAGGAGGUGGGGGCAGCCAAGGAAAUUGACCCCACGCUGGUCGAAGCAAUUGGACAGUCGAAGACAUCGAUACCCAUCAUCUCGCUGGACUACGCUUCCAGUGAGAGCUGCUUCAUGGGGCUGGCCAAGAUGUUGGAGUGGAGGGACACCAGGAACCAUGCCAUCGUUCCCAUUUUCUAUGGCGUCGACCCCUCCGACAUUGGUUCCUUUGCAAAACACAAUAAAAGAGGGAUCAAUUGGCACCUCGACUCCUGGAAGUCCGCCCUCCAUCGUAUUGGACAGUUGAAGGGAUAUCGAUUUGACCACACAACCGACCAGGAUGGCAGGUUUAUAUCUGAGCUUAUCCUGUAUGUCACUUGGCAGCUGAAGAAUGCUGAACUACUUGGUACUUCCAUGCCAGUCGGAAUCAACAAUCAAGUCCGCAAGCCAAUGACAAAGCUUGACGUCGACUAUCGCAAUGGACAAGCGGUUGCAAUACGCGGUAAUGGGGUCCGAAUGGCCUGGAUACAUGGCAUCGGGGGGAUCGGGAAAACGACUCUUGCAAAGUUCAUUUACAGCCAGCUGUAUCCUCUGUUUGAAGGCUGUAGCUAUCUAGGGAACAUCAGGGAGGUAUCGAAGACAGAGCCCCUAGAACAUCUGCAGAGCCGACUGGUUUCUGACCUGCUAAAGCAGGAGCCCAUAAGCUUGGAUUUCGUAGAAGAAGGUAUUCAACACAUCGCAAAUAAGUUUGGCAGAAGGAGAGUUCUCAUUGUGCUCGAUGAUGUCCAUGAGAGCCAUCAACUCAAAGCAUUUGCUGGGAAGCUAAGCUGGUUUGGAUCGAGAAGCAAGAUAAUCGUAACCACCAGAAACACCGGUAUGGGCUAUAUCCCCCACAUGUUUGCGGCUUAUGAAGUCAAGCCUAUGAAAUUCGACAAGUCCCUUUGUCUUUUCUGUCGACAUGCUUUCGGGGAAAGUUCUCCCCGUGAGAAUUAUGAAGAUCUAUCCGAGCAGAUUGUUUCCAAAAUUGGAGGGAUCCCUUUAGUAAUUGAGGUUCUGGGCUCAUUUCUGUACAGAAAAAAGAAAGAAACAUGGGAUGAGACGUUGCAUCAACUUAGGAAAUUCCAGCCAGUAUGCUUGUUCUUCAUAGGACAAGACAAGAGAAUUCCCUUCUAUAUGUGGGAGGACUGCGAUUUUUGUCCUAGUAGUGGUAUUGACAGUCUCCUUCUCACGUCCCUGGUGAAAAUCCGAGAGAACAACAAGCUCUCAAUGUAUGGUCUAUUAAGAGACCUCGGUCUAGCAAUUGUCCGCGACGAAGACCCGGCGAACCCCGGAAGGCGCAGCAGGCUGUGGAAUCACGAGGAAGCCCUCGGUGUCUUAAGGAGAAAAGAGAUGCGGCAAUUGAAAGUUUUGAACCUCACGGGGUGUAAUGAAAUGCUGAUGACUCCCGACUUCUCCAAUUACCCGCAGUUGGAGAUGCUGAUUCUCGAGCGCUGUUCUCAAUUGGUCGAGAUACACCCUUCAAUCCGUGAUCUAACAUCCUUGGUUUCCUUGAAUUUGAAAUCCUGCAGCAAUCUUAGUGAGUUGCCGCGAAAUGGGUUACAUGGAAGCGCCGAAAGAACUUCUCAUUGA